UUCAAAGUCCUCAAAUUUAAACACAUUUAGUUCAAUGAAAAUCGAUAACACAACGAACACGAGCUCGACUAGCAGUAAAGAUAAACAUAAUAAAUUUAAAAUUAAUAAAUUCAUAUCGCCUUAUCUUUCCGAAGAUAGAGUUCAACUGCUCUCACGUGUAACAGAAAAGAGAUUUCUACAUAAAAACCAUGAUUUUACGUCAUCUUUCCCUUUGGCUAUUAAUAUAUAUAAAGCCAAUUCUGAUGAGUUUAGGCCGUCAAACAAAUGUGGUAAGAAAGUAAAAAAAUCUGUUUUGACUCUUCCGAACGAAGCAGCUCCUUUACCGCAUUCAUGUACUGUUAGUGAUAUGAAUGAUUCGGAGUACUUCAACGAUGAUAAAGAUGAAUUGAGGCCAAAAAUGAGAAAAGCGAUUCAAAUUAAAAAAAAAUCGCGCAUGAGGAAUAGACAAAUUAAUUUUCACGGUAAAGAUGUAAAGGAUUGUUUAAAACUAGAUAUUCAAAUGGACAAGAGUUCUAAAGAUAUGGGCACUAAGUUGACUGGUGAUGGUAAUAGGAAUUUGAAAAAAACGCAAAAAAAAACUUUAAGAGCUAAUUCUAAUUUUAAUGCUCAUGAAGUUUGGUCACUCCUUCGUAAGGCCGAUCACUUUAAUUUUAGACCGUCUCCACCAGUGUCCCAAGAAAGUAGCUUAGUAUCAGUAAAGAAGAAUAAAAGAAAAAAAAAUAAGCUACGUAGCAACCAUAAAGAUUCAAGACUAAUUGAGACUACGACAGAGGAAUUCGCCUACAUUACUAGUUUUGUAGGUAAUCCCCAAAACAGCUGUUCUCUAUCUAGUUUUGAUCGCAUUACUGUAAUUGAGAAACAAGAUGAAUUACAAACAAUCAGUAAUGAAAUAGGAAAAGUGAAAGAAGUUAUGUUUCACUGUGAUAACAGAAAAACUCAAAACACUGGUAGGUCGAAGAAAUCUAAGUCUAAACAAAGCUGUCUUAGAGUGAAUAAUUCUGAAAAAAGUAGCGAUCAUUUUUCUAAUAACAAAGCAUUACGGUCAAUAACAAUUCAAAGAAAUGAUGUUACAUUAAAAGAUAGAAAUAAAAAGCAUAAAAAUACUGAAGUUAUAUUUAAAAGUGAUAUUGAAAACAAUAAGAACAAUUUCAUAGAAAUUAUUCUUAAUGAUAAAUUAAAUACGACUCAAAUGGACCAAUGUAAUGAUUUAGAUAUUUUAUCACAGAAGUCUGACUCAAGUAAGGAAGAAAUAAAAAAAAAUAACGUACCAAUUAAAAAAAUCUAUGAGCAUGAAUCAAAGCAAAAUGUUACUGGUAUUACAAAAGUCGUUCUAAGUAAAGGUCAAAAUAUACUUUUAACUAAACAAAACACAGUAAGCAAGCAAGAUUUUCUCAAAAAGUCUCGCUUAUCGUCACCAACUGCUGUAAAUUCGAUAACUCCUACUGUAAAUCAUAGCUCAAUCAAGCUAUCUGAAAUAAAACGAAAAUUGAAAAGCAUAAAAUUUCCUUUAGUUAUUUUAGGCAAAGAUCAACUUAGUUCGACAGUUACUGUGGAAAAUUAUGAUCCACCGCAAUUCACAGGCUUAGAUGAACAUAUUUGGCCUUUUAUGCGAAUGUGGUAUGACAUAAAUGGUUCUAAUUCCGUUGAACUAUAUAAACAUCAAAGUUUAAAUCUUAAUAACGUAACGACAAAUAUUCGUGGAACCAAUAAUAGAAACAUAAUAAAUAUAUGUCCUAAAAUCGAAGACAAGCAUAAAGUUUUGCUAAUUGACCGAAGUGAAAAACCAAUGCACAGAAUUAAAAACAAAAUGAUGCAAUUUAUACACAAAAAAACUGCCCCUGAAAAUGAAGUAUACAAUACUAAAUAUAAUAACCAGAAACAAGGCAGAGACAUAAAAAAUUCAAGCAGCAGGGUUGUAGAUGUUGGUACAAAUACCAUUAAUAAUUUUGUGUUUUCCAAACAAGUAAAUGUGUUGGCCAAAAAAAAUGAUCUAAAAAUAUUUAAAAACGUUUCACCCAUUAAUAAUAAUGUGAAGACUAAGGCUAAAUGGGCAAGUGAUUUUAUUGAAAAUGUUAUUAGAAAAAUAAGAAAUGGAGUGUAUUACUAUCAAGACGAAAAAGACAAAUUUAAAGAACCCUAUAAAAACACCAAAGAACACGGAGUGCAAACAGAAACUGUUAAAACUCAAAGUCAAACAGUUGAUUUUUCCGUUUCUAAUCAGGCUAUUGCGGAGGAAGUUUCUGUUACUGAACAAAUUGAUUCAGAUUCAUCAAUUCCUGGAUUUGAUAAUAGACUUUCAGACUUAGAAAUUGAGACAUUAAAUAACUUCAAUCAAGUAGCAGUUAAACAUUGUGUGGCCAACAUUAUCAUACAAUUUGAUGUGGCUUUAUCAUUUGAAAACAACAGUGUUCUUCAACUAAAACAAUCAUAUCCUUGUAUACCAAUAACAAUAAUCGAAAAUCAGCCAGCGAUAUUUAAAUGUAAAACAAAUAUUAUUAACGCGAUUCUUCCUUCAGAACUUUGUAGUAUUCUACCGAGUUUGAUGAAAAAGAUAAUAAAUUCUAAUUCUAAUUUGGCUGGGACACCACCUGAUGUUGAGAAGCUUAAUUCUAAUUUAUCAACUAUAUCUGAAUUUACCCGAUGUAAGAGCGAUAUUAUGAUUGAUGAUGAUUCUUAUAGGUCUUUUGUGCCAGUUCAAAUCAACCUUAUGACCAAUAUAAAAGUUGUCAAUGAAGGCAAGUUUUCAUCGACACAUUUACUACACAUUACUAAGAAUAUUUCAAGAAAUAUGAAGACCGAAUUUUAUAAAUCAAUUGAUAUAAAUAAUAUUAAGGGGCUUUUAACUACAAUAAAUAUAAAUUUAUUACCAUUAGGACAGAUAAAUCAAAUAAAUUUGCUUAAUUAUGAUGAUGGACCAAAACCAUCAAUAGUUGAUGACAUUAUACAAAGUACUAAAAGGUUACCUAAUACUUGCAAGACGUUACAACCAUAUCAAUAUUCUUCCAAAAAGCUUUUGCAUUCUCGUGAUAAUUAUAGUUUUAUGCGCAUUGUUGAAACUAUAUUAGGCCCUAAAAACGUUAUAUUUAAUUUAAACACCUCAUUUAGUCAUAUUUCAAAAGUGCCUUAUAUUAAUAUACUUAACUCCACUAUCCCUGAUAUAAAUAUUCACGAUCUACAUUAUGGCAUAAGAGUUGAAAAUGAUGACAAGUUUGCUGGGACGUCCAAUUUAAAUACCUUUUAUCCUGCAAAACCUAAAGCUGACAAAAUUGGCUAUUUACACACUUCUAAGCCGGAGAAACGAAAAAGUGUAAUUGAAUUUUGUACAAAUAAUACGAGAAAUAAAAAGAGAGGAUUUGUGAAAUUGUAUAAAAAAUGUAAAUCAAUGUCUAGUAUAUCGGGAAAUAAGACUAGAACCAAUUUAAAUAAAAUUAAUAAUAUAGAAGAAUUUUGCAUUGCUUUGGGUUCUGGAAAGAUGUUAUCUGAAGUUUUAGACGGAAACGCAGAGAGGAAAAUACUAUUUGCAAUAAAUGAGAUGAAGAAUUGGAUAAAUGACAUAACACCUAGACAGGCUUUGUUAGUUUUAUUACUUGCGAAUAAAAAGGAUACUACUAAUUUAGUUCGCUAUCGUCCUAUUAUAUUACAAGGUAUAGCUGUAAAUAGGAUCACGCGAGUUUCAGAAUUAGAUAUGGAGAUUGAGGUUAUAGAAAGAGAGAAUCUAAAUAAAUUAAUUCAGUACGAAGGAAUAACUUACUUACCAGCAUCUGAGGAAAAUCAAGAUACUCUUUUAGAAGAGCUUUAUUGGAUAGCAAAAACUACCGCCUCAGAUUAUCAAAAACCCUUCGAUGAGUCUUCUGAGCGUCUUUUAAAGUCUUUAUUAGUAAAACGAAAAAAGUUGAAUCCUUCUUAUCUACGGGUGAUGGCUCGUUAUGUUGGCCUUGGUCUUCUUAAGUCUUCAAAAUAAUUAUAUUUAAUUUUUGAAGUUACACCAAUGCCUUCUGCACAAAUUGAUGUAAAAUUGUGAUGUUAUGAAGAUAAUUUUGA